AUGCGUCGCACGCGGACGGGGACCAAACCGACACCUGCCCGCCCUCACCGAGGUGGUGACGCGCGUAUACCGGUAGCACGGCCACCGACCGGUCGAACCACAGUAGCAGACCCAGACCCCAGAACGCCGAGCCCUGCCGGCAGUUCACCCGACGGGGUGGCAGGAGAACCAAGGACACAGGCCCCCAGAAAUGACACAGGCGGUUCCUCCUUAGCCCCAAACAUAGCGACCACAGCUGCCUCUGCCUCGGUGUCAACGUACACGCUCGAUCAGGCAACUAGUUCUUCCGACGAGGAUAUAGACGAUUCUAGGGCACUAACAUCCAGCUCAGACACAGGCAGUCCCUCCCUAGCCCCAAGCAGAGCUACAUCAGCUUUUUCCACCCCGAGAUCAACACGAACGAUCACGCGGACCACUGAACGGACGCCACGACCCCGGUCCUGCCGCGACCCGACUCCCUCGCUGCAACCCGCUAGGACCUCCGGUAGCCCGGUCCUUGACCACGACGAGAACUCGGUGCGCACGGCGUCACCCUCGUCCGGUCUCAGUGACGCCCAUGAUGCAGAGGGCGACAACGACGCAGGUGAGAGCCCCGUGAGUGGCGAUGGCGAUCUUGCAGCCCACGGUGAGGCCUUGAUAUUGUCCCCAGACGACACCACCCCGAUACAUGUGUACCUGCCCGAAGUCCGCGCCCUUGCCAGAGCUCCGGCUACGGGGAUGAACUGGGACCGAUUCUGCACUAUCAUGGAAGAGGUGACCUCCACGGCUGCGGCAACAGCAAAACUCCCUACCAGGACUGAGGGCAGCACUAGCAAGAGGUCGGCGGUUGACCCGAAUGACGCCCAGGGCAUUCAGUCACUCUAUCGCAGGAACCGACGCAGUGCAAUUCGCGCGAUCACGUCUGGCGAAAGCGCCUCCUGCAGCGUAGGAACGCGUGAAACCACGGACCACUUCGCGUCGGUUUGGUCCCCGUCCGCGUGCGACGCAUCGGUGUAUCCCCGUACGGAGGGACGUACCCCCGUACCAGUUGGACCCUUCUCCUCUGCCGAUGUCGUGAAACGCCUCAAGAAAUUUGAGAAUACGGCCCCUAGUGAUGACGGUCUCACAUAUCACCACUGGAGACGCCUCGACCCGUCCUGCAGUUUGUUAACCGAGGUAAUAAACACAUGCCUAAGGCACCGUCGUGUUCCCCCGUCAUGGAAGAAGGCAGUGACCGUCUUGAUCUUCAAGAAGGGGGACAAGAGUGACCUGGGUAACUGGAGGCCCAUCUCCCUAUGCCGCACCAUCUACAAGUUAUAUGCCGGCUGUAUUGCAGGUCGCCUCACGGAGUGGCUGGUGAGCAAUGCAGUCCUCAGCCCCUGCCAGAAGGGGUUCCUCCCAUCGGACGGUGCGUUUGAGCACGUCCACACUCUUAACCGCGAGCUUGAAAAAGCCCGGACUGGCAAAUCCGACAAGUGUGUGGCGUGGCUCGACGUGUCCAACGCGUUCGGGGCAAUCCCCCACAUGGCGCUUGAGACAGCCAUUGAGAGCUGUGGCGCGGGCGAGGGGCUCCUCCGGAUUGUCCAGGACAUCUAUAGCGGUGCAACAUCGUCAGUGAGUGUUGCCUAG